AUGUUGGCUACCGGUAUCUCAACGUUUUCAUUAACUGCAUUACUCCUCCCCCCUGUGGUAUCAUCAGCAUUCGUGGCCGAAAACUUCCUCAAAACCCUACGCAGCCCUCGUCCUUUCCAUGCGGUGAGCUUUCCAGAGCGCAAUCGCACUUGCAUUGCAGAGUCGCACGACGACUUGCAGACCGACGAUGCCGAAAACAUCCUAAAAGCGGUCCAGGACUGUAACAACGGGGGUCAUGUUAUCCUGGCAGAAAAACAUACCUACACCAUUACCUCGCCCAUGAAUCUCACUGGCUUGAAAUCAAUAGAUAUUGACAUUCAAGGCCGCCUUUCGUUUCCAGCAGACAAUCUCACAUACUGGCAAGCCAACUCGUUCGAUCUGCAAUACCAAAAUGCGACCUCCUUCUUCAUCCUUGGUGGAUCGGAUGUCAACAUCUACGGCGGUGGCGAAGUCCAAGGCCACGGUCAAAACUGGUAUGAUGCGUAUACUAAGGAUAAGAAGAUUCGACGGCCAGUCUUGUUUGCCAUUGUUGGUCUCGACGGCGGAACCGUGAGCGAUAUCAAGAUGCGCAACGCCCCGUUCUGGCACAACGUCAUUAUCAACUCCACAGACGUCGUGUAUUCUGGCCUCGACCUGUUUUCCACGAGCAAUAACGGAAAUUUCGAAAAGAACACAGAUGGCUGGGAUACUUACCGCAGUGACAGAAUUGUGAUUGAGAACUCCACAGUCACAAAUGGUGAUGACUGCGUCUCCUUCAAGCCCAACAGCACCAACAUCCUCGUCCAAAACAUGCAAUGCAACGGCACCCACGGCAUCUCCGUCGGCAGUCUCGGCCAGUACCCCGCCCGCGUCGACUACGUGCAAGACAUCCUCGUCCGCAACAUUAGCAUGUACAACUCCUCCGAGGGCGCACGCAUCAAAGUCUGGCCCGACGCCUACGCCGAGAAGUCGCAGAGCCUGACGGGUGGUGGGGGCAGAGGCCUCGUACGCAACGUCACCUACGACGGCAUGUUUUUAGAUAACGUGGAUUAUGGGAUUACGAUUACGCAAUGUUAUGGACAGGAUGAUGAGGAAGAGUGUUUUAAACAUCCCAGCAAACUCAACAUCCAAGACAUAACCUUCCGCAACAUCCGCGGCCGCACCAACCGCGUCUUCUCCCCGCUCGUCGGCCACAUUGUCUGUUCGAGCCCGGAAACGUGCUCGGGCAUUGUGGCACAGAAUAUCGAUAUCAGGACGAUUAAUGGCUCGAGUUUGGUGACGUGUCGGAAUGUGGAUAAGGGGUUGUUGGAGGUCGAGUGUUCGGAUUGGAGUAAGGGGUAUAAUCCUGCUUAG